UUCGGUGUUUUGCUACUGCCUGACAGGGACGUCUCGGACCUUUUCCUCCAAGAACUUGGCAAAUCACCCCUUCAGCAGUGUCUGUGCAUUGCCAGAAUGAAACUGUUUUCCGUCGCUCUGAUGUUCCUGGGCUCACUCGCCUUCCUAGGCGCCGAUACUGCUCGGCUCGACGUGGCAUCGGAGUUCAGAAAGAAAUGGAAUAAGUGGGCUGUAAGUCGAGGGAAGAGGGAACUGCGAGUGUCCAGCAGCUACCCCACCGGGCUCGCUGACCUGAAGGCCGAGCGUGUCCAGACUCUCAUACGGCCCCAGGACGUGAAGGGCGCUUCUCACAGCCCUCAGAUCAGCAGUCCGGACGCCGCCCGCAUUCGAGUCAAGCGCUACCGCCAGAGUAUGAAUAACUUCCAGGGCCUCCGGAGCUUUGGCUGCCGUUUCGGGACGUGCACCGUGCAGAAGCUGGCACACCAGAUCUACCAGUUCACAGACAAGGACAAGGACGGUGUCGCCCCCAGAAGCAAGAUCAGCCCCCAAGGCUAUGGCCGCCGGCGCCGUCGUUCCUUGCUCGAGGCAGGCCAGGGCCGGACUCUGGUGUCUUCCGAGCCACAGGCACGCGCAUCUCGGGACUCCCGGGUGCACCAAGUGCUUUCCACUCUCCCGUGACAGCAUCGAACAGUCGCGCAAGCGUCCCACUGGCGCCUCCCAGAGCAGAGGACUUCGGGGAACAGGCUGAGAAAGUCUUGCAGAUACCUGGAGUCCAGAAGGCACCGUUUGGCCUCGAGCCCCGGCAUUGCAGAGCCCCUUCUCCUUCGGGGCUGAGCGCUCUCUUCACCCCAUGAGACUUGGGUGCCCAGGGAGGGCAGAGGAAUCCGAGGGAGUGCCAGGCUCAGGGAGAGGAGAAACUAAGAAAUAAAUGCUGAGACCUUCGGAGCAGGGGUCUGAGCCACUGCUUUGCCCGCUCACAAACUUAUUUCUCGUGGGGUGUCACCCUUCGGGGCGCAAGCCCCAAUAUUACUUGAACUUUACAAACCUAGAGAGGAAAAGUGCAAUGCGUGUUGUACAUACAGAGGUAACUAUCAAUAUUUAAGUUUGUUGCUGUCAAGAUUUUUUUUGUAACUUCAAAUAUAUAGAGAUAUUUUUGUACGUUAUAUAUUGUAU